ACACAAUGUUGCUCGAAUGUUUGAUAAUAAGAAUGAAAAAUGCUUGCGUCGACUUAAUAAUUGAAGUGUUAAAGCUGCUUACCGUUCUACUCAAGCUUCAGGCGAAAAAUAGAGGAAACAGAUCUCUAAAACACUCGACUCCGACGUGUGACGAAAUCGAUUUACCGACAGUCCUUCGGAACCCGAAACUAGAGCCCGACUUGUGUUUAAAUUUGGCUUGCGAAGUUCUCAAAAAUGCAAGUCCCUUUAAACUACGCGAAAAAACGAUUUUUCAACUGAUGCUCGCGUUGACCGGAUUUUCAUAUGACGCCAAGCGAUUAACGAGAAGCUACGUCUGCAUUAAUGAGAUAAUUAAGCAGCACAGGUGGAUGGUGAACUGCCCCUUUUUAAGUUCUUUCGUUGAAUAUAGGUAAGAUGUUGCUGUUGCUGUUCGUUCCAAAUUUCGUAUGCAUCCCCGAAAUGUCAUUCCAAAUACUUUUUUAGGCCGUCUAACUCUGUUCUUGACUUAUUUGUAUAAAGCUUCAAAGUAUUUUUGUGAUUAAAAAAAUUUACGG